AUGGAAGAUAGAGAGGGCAACAAUCAUGGAGGUAGCUCCGAUUCUGAACAGGAGGAAGUUGUAGCCGAGCCCACCUCGAUUGGAACGCUGAAGAAGGAGAAAGAGGUGAGGGCGGGGGGCCACGAUGAUGGGAGCUCCAGCGAAUCCGAGGUGGAGGAAAGGCGUUCGGUCGUUUCCAAGAGCGAGUUCUCCCUCGACGACUCCUGGUGGAUCGACUAUGAUGAGCUCGAGCUGGAGGAUAAGGUGAGCGAGAGCGCAACGGCAACUGUGUACCAUGGCGAAUACCGUGGACAGGAGGUGGCCGUCAAAAUCUUCAACCCAGAGAUGAUCAACAGAGAAAAGCUCGUCAAGGAGUUCCAAAUGAUCAGCUCCAUUCGGUCGCCUCACGUCGUCGUCUUCUAUGGCUUGUGCUUGGAGCCUCACAUCGCGGUCGUCAUGGAGAAGUGCGGCUAUGGCUCUCUUGACGAGGUUCUGGCCAAUCACACGGACCGGCAGUUCGACUGGAAUCGGUUCUUCUCUCUGGCGGAGGGCCUCAUCGGAGGUCUCAACACCUUCCACAACAACAAGCCCCAGAUCCUUCAUCGCGAGAUCAGACCUCAGAACCUGCUCAUCAACAGCGAUUGGAAACUGAAGUACGCCGAUUUCGGUCGCGCCCGUUACAACGAGCGGGGCGAUGAGGCGCUUAAGACGCAGACGCUUGAUUCUGGCAUCGAGAACGUGGCCUACACUGCCCCGGAGGUCUACAUGGAGGGUUCCUACUCUACCAAGUCCGACAUCUACUCCGUCGGCUUUGUGAUCUGGGAGCUGGCCCUGCGCAUCGUCAAGGGUGACCACGAGCCCCCCUACCAAGACCUGGUCAAGCAGGGACUCAACUCCUUCCAGAUCCUCCGUAAGACCUGCAUGACCGGACUCAGGCCUGACAUUCCCGACAAAAUGCCCGCGGCGAUCAAGGAGCUCAUCACCACUUGCUGGAGCGACAACCCCGACCAGCGACUCUCUGCCAAGGACCUGUGGAAAAAGGUGGUCGAUCUGCGCAAGGACUUCAGGAAGGCGCCGAACAACUGGUUUGUGGCCAAGGCCGACCAGGAGGAAGAGGAUGACGAGGACGAGAACUCCAGCGAACUCGUGAGUCCGCGUGGCUCGAUGGGUGGGCAUCGCAACCUGGCCCGAUCGGGCGACAGCGACGAGAGCCCCAUUGUACUCGACGUGUCUUCUCCUAGGCGUACACCCCGAGGAGGCUACGGCUCGCUGAAGAAGGGACAGUGGCAGGCCAGCGAGAAGGAAACCGAGGCCAAGUUCCUCUCCGAGGUGGAGAAGCGUGUCGAAGAGCGGCUCAAGCAGCAGGAGGAGGCCAUGCGAAGCGAACUCAUGCAACAGUUCAAGCGCACCAGCGUGAUGACCGACAAGGAGAAGGUCCUCGCAGAGAUCGAUCCCAAGCAGGUCGUCAAGCAUUUCUCUGUGGGCAAGGGAGCAUUCGGUGAGGUGUUCAAGGGCCUGUUGCACGGCAAGGAAGUGGCUAUCAAGCAGCUGUACGUCAAGGACAAGCUCAACGACGAGCUGCUCAACGAGUUCAGGACGGAAGUCCAGAUCAUGAUUACGCUUCGACACCCGAACAUUUGCUUGAUGAUGGGCGCCUGCACGCAGCCUGAGAACUUGAUGAUCAUCAUGGAGUACAUGCACAACGGUUCCGUCGACGGCCUCAUUCAUGGCAAGAAGAAGAACUUCCUCUCGCUCGAGCAGCGUGUCCACAUGGCCAGGGAUUGCGCCCUCGGCAUGAACUGGCUGCACCAGAUGAACCCGCCGUUCCUCCAUCUCGAUCUCAAGCCGGCCAACUUGCUCGUCGACAAGAACUGGAACGUCAAGGUCGCCGAUUUCGGUCUGUCCAAGAUCCAGUCGGGCAAGGAUGACGACGGCAUGGCCGGCGGUUCUCCCUUCUACAUGGCACCAGAAGUGUUGUUGGGCCGUGGAUGCGAUGCGAAGGCGGACGUGUACAGUUUUGGUAUCUUGUUGUGGGAAAUGUACACCCGAGAGAAGCCGUGGCACGACAUGUUCGAGGACGAGGACGAACUUAUUGCCGCCGUGUGCGAUGAAGAGGAGAGGCCAAAGAUCCCUGCCGACUGCCCUCCGGCCUUGCGCGAUCUGAUUGAGUCCUGCUGGCAUCCCGACCCGGAAAAGAGGCCCACCUUCCAGGCCAUGCUCGAGAAGAUGAUGUUCGAAAAGGUCCUCAUCGAGCACACUCUCCACGAAGCCACCGGCCGUGACUUCUGGAUCAAAUAUUUCCUCACACAGACCAAGGUCGAAUGGAUCGAGUUCUGGACUUGUAUGAUAUCUUACCUCAAGGUGCCUCACCACCAAAUCCUCCCCGAUUUGGACCCCAAGCUGGCGGCCUUCAAGAAGCUGCUGAGCGAUGAGUACUCCGAGGAUGAGGCCAAGGAGAGGCUCGUCAACCCCAUCGUCACCAGGGAGAACUUCGCCAAGUUCCUGCGCUACUUCGGCCCCUUCAACUACGCCAUGCUGGAGCGGUUCCACGACCUGACCACCAAGCCCUGGUGGCACGGCGAUAUCUCCAAGAAGAAGGCCGAGUCCUACCUGGCCAAGGCCAAGAAGACCGGUCGGUGGCUGGUGCGCUACUCGACCUUCCCCGGCGACUUCAUCGUCUCCGUGGUCACGAUCAAGAAGAAGCAGAUCACCUUCCAGCACUUCAUCAUCUCCAACAUCGAAGCGCCCGACGGCAAGCUGGUGUUGUUGCUGCCGCCGAAGGACUACAAGAAGGAGCUCAACCUGUCGCUGCCGGAGGAUAGGAAGGAGCUGCUGGCGCUGGGCACGCUGCCCACGUUUGGGUCCAUCGCCGAGGCCAUCAAGGCCAAGCGCAAGGAGCUGGGGAUCAAGAACACCACCAAGUUCGUCGAGCGGACGAAGACCAACGCGCCCGUCGUCAUGCCCGCCCUCACCAAGGUCAAGCUCAACGGCAAGGGCAGCGGCGUCUUCCAGCGGGGCGGCAAGAAGUAG